UGUUGGAAGCCAGAGUGUGGAAAUUUACCCAACGUUAUUUCGUUGACAGGGAAGGAAACUCGGUCUGAAAGAUGCUGUGCUCCUGUGGCCUCUCUAAGUCCAGCAGAACACGGUCUCACUCCAGGUGGCACGGAUGAAGGAGUGGAAGAGGAUGCUGCCCACAUCUGACCCCUCUGGAGGCUCCUGGCCUGGCUGCUGAGCUUCCCUUGGAUUGGGACUUCAGGUGCGACUUGGUGUAGAGCUCAUGAAUGUGCUGGGGCUUCUGCAGCUUUCUUUACCCAUGCUCACCAGACUAGCUUGGCUUUCAGUAUCUAAAAUGAGCUGGUAGAAAGGGGAGCUGACAGAGGUAGAAAGAAGUCCCUAGAAGCCUCCUGAAUUCAUGGACAGGAUUCCUUUGUACUGCUCGGGACACAGAGACUGCUAGGCAGCUGGAGGCUGUGGUACAACAGAGCUUUGGACCAUCUUAAGGUAAACGAACACAGUUCAGCAAACAGCUCCUGCAUUUCAGCGAGAAGGAACCUCUUUUAACAGAGGAUUGAAAGGGGAGAGUUUCUGCAUCUUUUACUUUGAGCUCCAUUAUAGGAAACUUUAUGUUCGCCGAGAUAAUGAUACUUUUCCUCCGAAGAUGCUCUGUUUGAAAGAAGCAUGAGGCAUUCCAAGCUUCAGGGAGCAUUCGGGAUAUGUAGGAGGUGGUGGGUAGUAGCCCUACCAAUGCAGGCCAACAGUCUGAGCCGCCAACUUCUAAAGCUCAGUCAACAUGAACAUAUGACCUUCUCAUCCCCAGAAAACUGGUGUCAGUGACAUCACCCAGGAGGAACAGCAUCCCUCUGCUUUGCGAUUUGACAGAAUGAGGUAUGCUGGGCAAGCUACCAGCUGGGACCUGGCCUUUCCUGAUUGCCUCUUCACUGCGUGGGCAAACCCAGACCACUGAGCCAACAAUGGCUGAGAAGGGCGACUGCAUCGCCAGCGUCUAUGGGUAUGACCUUGGUGGGCGCUUUGUUGAUUUCCAACCCCUGGGCUUCGGCGUCAACGGGCUAGUGCUGUCAGCCAUGGACAGCAGGGCCUGCCGGAAGGUGGCAGUGAAGAAGAUCGCCCUGAGCGAUGCCCGCAGCAUGAAGCACGCACUCCGGGAAAUCAAGAUAAUCCGGCGCCUGGAUCACGACAACAUUGUGAAGGUGCACGAGGUGCUGGGGCCCCAGGGCACCGACCUGCAGGGUGAGCUGUUCAAGUUCAGCGUGGCCUACAUCGUCCAGGAGUACAUGGAGACAGACCUGGCGCGCCUGCUGGAGCAGGGCACGCUGACAGAGGAGCAUGCAAAGCUGUUCAUGUACCAGCUGCUACGCGGGCUCAAGUACAUCCACUCCGCCAACGUGCUGCACAGAGACCUAAAGCCCGCCAACAUCUUCAUCAGCACUGAGGACCUGGUGCUCAAGAUUGGGGAUUUCGGCUUGGCAAGGAUCGUUGACCAGCAUUAUUCACACAAGGGUUAUCUGUCAGAAGGGUUGGUGACCAAGUGGUACCGCUCACCUCGCCUGCUCCUCUCCCCUAACAACUACACCAAAGCCAUUGACAUGUGGGCUGCCGGCUGCAUCCUAGCAGAGAUGCUCACGGGGAGAAUGCUCUUUGCUGGGGCUCACGAGUUGGAGCAGAUGCAGCUCAUCCUGGAGACCAUCCCUGUGAUCAGGGAGGAGGACAAGGACGAGCUGCUCAGGGUGAUGCCUUCCUUCGUCAACAGCACCUGGGAGGUGAAAAGGCCACUGCGCAAGCUGCUCCCCGAAGUGAACAGUGAAGCCAUUGACUUUCUGGAGAAGAUCCUGACCUUUAACCCCAUGGAUCGCUUAACGGCCGAGAUGGGGCUGCAGCACCCCUAUAUGAGCCCGUACUCGUGCCCUGAGGAUGAGCCCACCUCGCAACACCCCUUCCGCAUCGAGGAUGAGAUUGACGACAUCCUGCUGAUGGCCACCAACCAGAGCCAGCUCUCCAACUGGGACAGGUACCCUGUGAGCCUGUCAUCCGACCUGGAGUGGCGGCCCGACAGGUGCCAGGACGCGAGCGAGGUGCAGCGGGACCCACGCGCGGGCUCUGCGCCACUGGCAGAGGACGUGCAGGUGGACCCGCGCAAGGACUCACAGAGCAGCUCCGAGCGCUUCCUGGAGCAGUCCCACUCGUCCAUGGAGCGCGCCUUUGAGACAGACUAUGGACACUCCUGCGACUACAAGGUGGGCUCACCGUCCUACCUGGACAAGCUGCUGUGGCGCGACAACAAGCCGCACCACUACUCGGAGCCCAAGCUCAUCCUGGACCUAUCUCACUGGAAGCAGGCGGCCGCCGCGCCCCCUACGACCGCGGUGGCGGCGGAUGCAUUGACCCGCGAUGAAGAGCCAGCCAGCCUCUUCCUGGAGAUCGCCCAGUGGGUCAAGAGCACUCAGGGCGGUCCCGAGUGCUCCAGCCCACCCCCUGACGGCCCCGAGCGCCGCCUGGCUGCCUCACCCCCAGGCCACCCGGCCCCUGGCACUGACAGUGCCAGCCCCCAUUUCGACCUGGACGUGUUUAUCUCCCGAGCGCUCAAGCUCUGCACCAAGCCCGAGGACCUGCCGGACAAUAAACUGGGCGAUCUCAAUGGCGCGUGCAUCUCCGAACACCCUAGCGACCUCGUGCAGACUGAAGCCUUCUCCAAAGAAAGGUGGUGAGGGUUGAGGGGGUGCCCGAGGCCCCAGGACUGUCCUCACAGACCCCAGGGGCUGCCCCCCCGGGGAAGCUGGGCUGGGCCAGAUGGGGCAGCCGCCCUGGCAUCUCUACCACUCUUCCCGCCCCUCUGCUGCCUUGGGGUUAGCAGAACACAUGAAGGAUCCUAGGAGGGAGAGGAAUGUCCAUUUCCUAAACUGCCUUAAUAACUAGCCUUUAACCUCUGGGAGCGGGUUGGAGCAGGAGCCUCUCUUGGGGGCUUCCCAGCGGAGGGGAGGGCUGUGCAUUUUAUAAGUGGUAGUGUGCAGGGAAAAAUCUUUUCUAGCUGUCUGCAGCCCCUACCAGUGUGGCUGGGCCAGAGGAAUCUUGCAGACAUAGCUUUGAAUCCAUGUGGCCCCAGUAGGAAGGACAAGAAGCAAAGCUACUUGCUUUAAUCUCAGAUCUAGUCAGUGUCAGGGCAAGCCUGGAAUUCCAGUCUCCUGACCCCAGGCCAAUGUCUGUCUUUAGAUAAUGUCUUCCUCUACCAGGGUCCCUCUGGCUUUCCAGUCAGAGUACCGGAUCCAAGAUGUUUCUUCCCUGCAUGUUACCAUCUAACCCAUUCAACAUCUUUUUAUUCAGAGCAAUGUGUCUUGUAUUCAGAAAUUGGAAACUGAGCCAGCAAAUUUCCCUGGGUAACCAAGCAGUUUUUUUCUGGCUCCUCAAGUACUUAAAUGUUCUCAUCUGCCACACCCCUGUAUUUGCUGGGGACCCCUCCUCCCCAAUCUGGUCAGAAGUCUUGGUUUCAGACCAGACCAGUUUGGGGUCUCCCAGAUCUGUGCACACACCUCCCCAGCACACCCUAUGCACUUUCCUAACACACGCGCAGAAACAAAGAGACAGCCCUUGUUCUGAGUGGUUGUCAUCACAGGUGAGUUUGAAGACAGCAAUUCCAAGAAUCCCCUCAGCCCUCCCACCACCACCACCACCAGACAGUCGCCCACACCCACCCACCCACCCACAUACACACAGCUCCUCUCCAAGCCUACCUCGGGACCUACCUGU